AUGAUUGACGCUCCGAAGAAAGCACGGAGCGAAGUCAAAAUGCGGCAGUUGUUCAGCUACCGAUCGAAUCUUGAAUUCUGCAAUAAGGUCACGUAUUUCUUUCCAGUAAAAAGCAAUUUGCGCUGGGUGACAGUGUCGCUUCAUCCAAGGAGAUAG